AUUGCCACCCAUCUCUGCUUUUUAUUAGAAUUACCUUACCUCCCCAAAAAUAAACCUAUCAUUUUUAUGCAAAUUCCAUAAAACAACCCGGCCACCCGAAAUGGCGGUGUAUAGAGCGGAUGAAGACUACGAUUAUUUGUUCAAGGUGGUGUUGAUCGGAGAUUCUGGUGUUGGGAAAUCGAAUUUGUUGUCCAGAUUUACAAGGAACGAGUUUAGCCUUGAAUCCAAAUCUACAAUCGGAGUCGAAUUCGCCACCCGAAGCAUUCGAGUCGAUGAUAAGGUCGUUAAGGCACAGAUUUGGGAUACCGCCGGACAAGAAAGGUACCGGGCAAUUACAAGUGCAUACUACCGUGGAGCUGUUGGUGCAUUACUCGUCUAUGAUGUCACUCGACAUGUCACAUUUGAGAAUGUUGAGAGAUGGUUGAAGGAACUACGAGGUCACACGGAUGCCAACAUCGUCAUUAUGCUUGUUGGUAACAAGGCGGACCUGCGACACUUGCGUGCUGUUACCACUGAUGAUGCUGAGGCCUUUGCCGAGAGAGAAAAUACCUUCUUCGUGGAGACAUCUGCCCUCGAGUCUACAAAUGUUGAGAGUGCGUUCACUGAUGUACUUAAGAAAAUAUAUCGUGUCGCCAGUCGAAAAGCACUUGAAAGAGGGGAUGAUCCUGCAACAUUGCCAAAGGGACAGUCCAUCAAUGUUGGAGGCAAGGAUGAUGUUUCAGCUGUAAAAAAUGCCGGCUGCUGUUCUACUUGAAUGUUAUAUGAUGUAUCCUCCAUUUUUCAUCUCUUUAAGCACAAGAUUUGAGAUUGAAAUCAAAAGAGAACAAAUCAGCUUCCAAAUUUCCCUUCAUUGGUCCCUUUAAA